AUGUUCAAGUCGCUCGCCAUCGCAGGCGCCAUCGCCGCCCUGCUCUCGGGCGUCACUGCCUGCGAGGAAAACAGCUGCUACGGGCCCAUGAACAAGGUCGAGCACGUCCGCCAUGUGAAGCGCAUGCAACCCGGUGCCCCGGAUGCCGCCUACGGUCCCAAGGCUCCCCUGGAAUGGGGUCAGAUCAAUUUCCUCCAUACAACGGACACGCAUGGAUGGCUCGAGGGCCAUCUCAAGGAGAAAAACUAUGGCGCCGACUGGGGCGACUUUGUCACCUUUGCCCGCCGCAUGAAACAGACUGCUGGCAAAAUGGGCGUCGAUCUCUUGCUCGUCGACACGGGCGACCUCCAUGACGGGACCGGCUUGUCCGAUGCCACAAAGGUCGACGGCACUAAGUCGAUGCCCAUCUUUGAAGAGAUCGACUACGACCUCCUCGCCAUCGGCAACCAUGAGCUCUACGUGUCCGAGGUUGCCUACCAAAUGUUCAACGAGUAUGCUCGCAAGUGGGGAGACAAGUAUGUCACGUCCAACGUCCAGGUGUUGAACCAAACGUCGGGCAAAUACGAGUACGUGGGCGCCACCCACCGCUACUUUACCACCGCCCAGGGCUUGCGUAUCAAAGCUUUCGGUGUGCUCUUUGACUUCAAAGGCAACUCGAACGCUUCUCGGGUUCUCAAGGCCAAGGACAUGGUAAAAGAGAGCUGGUUCGCCGAGACCUUGACCGCCAAUGAGCCUGUCGAUCUGUUUAUCCUCUUUGGUCACAAUCCCGUUCGGCAAACCGAUCCCUCCAGCACCUUCAAGGUCGUCUUCGAUGCUAUUCGCGCUGCGCAUCCGGAGACGCCAGUUCAGAUCUUUGGAGGGCACACCCAUAUUCGAGACCUCGCAGUCUACGAUGACGCCGCUGUCGGACUCGAGUCCGGCCGCUACUGCGAGACUCUUGGUGUCGAGAACGCUUCACGCCCGGCUAAGAAAGGGUCCAAGUCGCCCUUUGUCUACUCGCGGCGCUAUCUCGACUGGAACCGCAAGACGUUCAUGUACCACUCCAACGACGGCAGCAAGGCUUUUGACCACCACCACUCCGGCCAACGGGUGACGAGCGACAUCACAGAGGUGCGCGAUGAGUUGAGACUGGGCGAUGUAUACGGCUGUGCGCCGCAAGACUGGUGCAUGCGCUGCGCGCCUUUCAAUGACAAGACGAAAAACAUCUUCCCCGGCGUCAUCUAUCCUGCCGUGUCGGCCAUCGUGGUCAACAAGACGCGCGCCGACAGGUCGCGCAUCAUCCUCGGCAACACGGGGGCCAUACGCUUCGACCUGCACAAGGGUCCCUUCACCUACGACGACAGUUUCAUCAUCUCGCCUUUCCGCAACCUCUUUCUGUACAUCCCCGAUGUGCCGUUUGACAAGGCCUCCCGACUCAUCCAACAGCUAAACAGGGGCCCUGCCGACAAGCGACAUCUUGUGUCUAUGCCCACCCCUCGCGACGAAUGCACCGAUCCGACGCUGGGCUUUAUGAGUCGCCGCGACCUGCGCGAAACCCGUGGCGUUGUCCGUCGCCAAGAGGCCGUUGUGCCCGGCUACGCAACCUCUGACGACUGGGGCGAUGACGGCGACGACACCGAGCACUCGGAAAUCCCUAGCCACAAGAUCCCCAACUACUGGGAGACUCGUGCCUCGUUCCCGGAGGAUGGCAGUAAGCCAGACAAGGUCGACGUCAUAUUUCUCGACUUCAUCAAGAAACGCGUUUUGGACAAUCUCGGCGAGGAAUUUGCCGACACGGUGCAAUGCUACAUCGACUGCAGCUUCUCCUCCCAAGACUUGUUGCUACCGUACGCCAAGCUUGCGUGGCAGGCCAACAAGGAUAACUGCCCCGUGAUGUGA